AUGUCAUUACCACAAGCAAUCAAAGGCGAUAUGCCUUACCAAGUGCGCUCCCUGUAUCGCUCCUUACUGCGGCAAGGCAGCCAAUUCGCCGCCUACAACUUCCGUGAAUACGCCAAACGGAGAACGCGCGAUGCCUUUCGGGACAACAAGAACGUGGCGGAGGAGAGACAAAUACAGGAGCUCGUGCAGAAGGGUAUCAAGGAGCUACAGGCGCUGAAGAGGCAAACUGUCAUUAGUCAGUUCUACCAGAUCGACCGCUUGGUGGUGGAAGGCGGAAGGGAAGGGAAGCAGAAGGGCGAGGGUAAUGACAUCAUGAGGGUUAAAGACCAGGGCUGGGAUUGA